AUGGUCGGUUGUAGAAUCAUGAUGGUUUGGUUGAUUCUUUUUUCAGUUGCAGUUGCUCGAUUUCCACCUGAUACUGAUCACACAGUCGAGAUAUUGCGUUCAAUUGCUCAGCAGCUCGGAUAUCCAGAGGAAUUUGUAAAUAGGCAUGGGAACGAUCCUUGUGAAUGGUUCGGGAUCAACUGUCUGGAGGGUACCAUUAUAAGUAUCACCUUCAUCUCAAUGAAUAUGACCGGAUUCAUCUCCCCGCAGUUCGGAUAUCUUACGUCUCUUCAAGUGCUUGAUCUUUCACACAAUCUUCUUACCGGCACCAUUCCUCUAGAACUCACCAAGUUGAAUUUGAGAAAUCUGGAUCUUUCCUACAACCAACUGCAUGGGACAGUGCCACAGUUUAGGAGGGACAUGUUUCUCAACACUGAAGGGAAUCCAAACCUCGAGACAAACGGGGCUCUUGUUCCUUCUGCAACAAGGAACAAGAACAAAUCAGGUAUUGUUGAACUCCUGCUUGGUAUUUUCAUCGGUGUAGUGAUUGCUGGAGGAGUAGCUUUCGGAAUCUUUCUGUUCAGGAAAAGGAAGCAUCACAUUCUACGACUUCAGAAUGAAACAGUGACAAGUGUGCAGCAAUCUGGUGAUGAAUACAUUGAAGUAGAUAAUUAUGUGAUUCCCCUUUCGCUUCUCAGGGAGGCUACAGAAAAUUUUAGCGAGCAGAACCUGAUUGGGAAAGGUGGUUUUGGAUCAGUCUACAAAGGGAAACUGCAGAACGGAGAUGUUGAGAUUGCAGUGAAAAGAAUGGGCCAAGAAGUGUUAAGAGGAAAAGGGGAUGAAGGGUUUAGAGCCGAGGUGUACACGUUAACCAAGGUAAACCAUAGAAAUCUCGUAGUUCUGCAUGGGUAUUGCGUCGAAGGAAACGAGAGAUUGUUGGUGUACAGGUACAUGUCUCAAGGAAGUUUAAACAGACAUCUAUUCCAGUGGAAGGAAGAAGGGUUGAAACCCCUUGAGUGGACUACACGGCUUGCUAUUGCCUUGGAUGUGGCCAGAGGGGUUGAAUAUCUGCAUACUUUGGCUCUUCAAUGUCAGAGUUACAUACACAGAGAUCUAAAACCGGCAAACAUUCUUCUGGGAGAUGAUAUGCAUGCAAAGGUUUCUGACUUUGGAUUGGUUCGGGCUACAGAAGAGGGCAGAGAAUCUAUCAGGACAAAGUGUGUGGGAACAGCUGGUUACAUUGCACCUGAAUAUCAAAUGAAUGGAAAGGUAACUACAAAAGCUGAUGUGUUCAGUUUUGGGGUCAUUCUCAUGCAACUAGUAUCAGGGCAGGCAGCUUUAGACGAGAAUCGAUCUGAAUAUGAUCAUCACAUCUCCACUUGGUUCAGGAAAGUUUUCAUCGAGAACAACUCCAUUGGAAAAGCCAUUGACGAAACCAUCGAGCUCAACGAAGAGACCUGCAACGUCAUUGAUGAGGUAGCCAAACUGGCUAUUCACUGUUGCGCCAAGGAACCCGCACAGAGACCUGAGAUGAGUUUUGUUGUCUCUACGCUGGCAUCACUCACAGUGCAUUGGACACCUGGUGAGAUCAAAGAGGAAGAUGAAGAUGAUACAAGUGCAACAAUUUCAGGGAUCAUUAAAGGAUGGAAGGAGCCUAGUGGUGCUGUUGUUGGCGAUGAACUUCCUGGUUAUACAGUCUUAGGAUGCAAUAACAUCAUUGGUCACCAUACCGUGGUUGGUGUUAAAUGUCAAGACUUGAAGUACAAGAGUGGGGAUGAAUGUUUUCUUUGCAUUGGUGACAAGAAUGAAAUUAGGGAGUUCUGCUCAAUUCACAGGUCAUCAAAGCCCAGUGAUAAAACGGUUAUUGGUGACAACAACCUAGUCAUGGGUUCUUGUCAUAUUAUUGCUCAUGAUUGCGAGAUUGGUGACCGUAACAUAUUUGCCAACAAUACACUUCUUGCAGGCCAUGUGACUGUAGAAGACUAUACACACACAGCAGGAGCCACGGUCAUCCACCAGUUCUGUCAUAUUGGCUCCUUCGCUUUCUUUGGUGGUGAAUUGGAAUUUGGAAAGGAUAGGAUGAUGGUGGAGCUGCAUUCACAAGGUAGAUCGAUUGAAGAUAUUGAAGCUUGUUUGAAGAAAAUGCCAAUUGAUUCUCAGGUUAUUGAAGCUAUCAAAUCAGCUAAAUCGUUAGGGUAUGAUUUAAAGAUUGUGAGUGAUGCUAAUCAAUUUUUCAUUGAGAAGAUAUUGGAGCAGCAUGAUUUGUUGGAUUGCUUUUCUGAGAUUUACACAAAUCCAACCUCUGUUGGUGAAAAUGGGAACUUGCGGAUCUUGCCGUAUCAUGGUGAUGCAUUGCCUCCACAUAGCUGUAAUCUCUGCCCUUCAAACUUAUGCAAGGGUCUAGUGAUGGAUCCCCAUGUUCCUUCUUCUUCUUCUUCCUUUGAAUCUCCAAGGAUGCUUGUAUACUUACAUGGGAUAGGGAUCGUGUCAAAAGGCUUAUCAAACUCCUUAAUGAAGCUGAGAGAGUGCGAUGUUGUGAUGCCGAGAACGAAUUAUCCGCUGUGGAAGAAGAUUUCAGACAAUUCCUCACUGAUCAAAGCAGAUGUCAAGGAGUGGAGCAAUGCAGAGGAAAUACAGAGAAUCCUUCUGCAACUUGUCAGCAUUAAGAAGAUUCAAAACACCAUCCUUUAA